AUGACGGACCAGCCGCAACCCCAGUCGGCGCAUACACCCUCACACGACCCUCAGCCUACGCAGGCUUUGCCAGAUGUGAUUCGUAGCUUUCGUCCAGCAAAGCAAUUCCGAGGCCCAAAACCAGAGUCUACCUACGUGACCUCGUUGGACUUUGAUGAUCAAGGAGAGUUCCUUGUCGGUGCUGGGGAUGAUGACACUGUCCAGAUUUACGAUGUGAAGGAAGGGAAGUCAAAAAAAUCUGUUCCUAGCAAGAAAUACGGUGUCCACCUAGCUCGAUACACGCAUCACCCGCGCCAAGUUCUGCACGCGAGCACGAAAGUCGAUCAUGCGCUUCGAUUACUCGACCUUCAUAACGAGGGGUUUGUGCGCUACUUUACUGGACACACGGACAAGGUCACAUGCUUGACGAUGUCUCCGGGCGGAGAUAGCUUCGUUUCUUGCUCAAAGGACAACACAGUUACACUGUGGGACGUCGGCUCGCGUAACCCGCAAGGCAAACUGAACCUGUCGACCCCGUAUCUUGCAGCAUUUGACCCCUCCGCAUCAGUGAUCGCGAUCGCGUCGCAAUCCACCAGCUCAGUCCUCCUCUACGACUUCCGUAACUACGACAAAGCCCCCUUCGCAACCUUCGAUAUCUCUCCCUUCGAAGAGUUUUACACCCCAUCCACUCGGCGAUGCGCCUGGACUCGGCUGGAAUUCUCGAACGAUGGAAAGCAUCUCAUGAUAGGUACUGAUCUACAUGGGCAUUACAUCCUUGAUGCCUUCGAGGGCACCCUGACGGCUUUCCUAGCUGGAAAGGCAGGCUCACCUGGCCGAGCUGCCCCCGUUUCGACGACUGGAAAGCCAUUGGGACAAGGCGAUGCGACCUUCACCCCUGAUGGGCGCUAUGUCCUUGGAGGAAAUGGAAGCCAGCCAGACGUCCUUGUGUGGGAUCUCCAGCAGAACCCCGACCAUAACAAGGUGCUUCUUCCGAUGACCAAGCUGUCGCAUCGCGGCAUGACGGCCUUGAUCGAGUUCAACCCACGAUUCAACAUGCUUGCCACUGCCGAUCGAGAUGCUUUCUUCUGGACGCCUGACGAUAUCUCCAAGCCUUCGGAGAAAUAA